AUGUUUUUUGUUAAUGGAAACACCUUUUCCUCUUUGGGUUCCGCUGAAGACACAGAAUAUCAAGGAAGCAUUCUCUUUGAUCCAAGAUCGAUCCUGGGUGUUGCACACUAUUGCCAGCUCACAAGGGUAUUGGACUGGAUUCUCAAGCCGAAACGAAGGGAGGAAGACGCCAAUCUCUCUACUUGCGAUGAGCAGGAGGAUGAGGAGGCUAGAGGAGAUGAGGAAAAUUGCAGUUUCGGCGAAGAUGGCGUUGACGGUUUUCUUCAACUCUACGAGGACGGUGAUUGGCCGGCCAUGGACUUCGUAAAAAGUCAGUUAGUACUUCACUUGGCUCAGGUGCUGAAAAGUAUUCAGCCGAUCCCCCAGGGCUGCAAAGAUAUCCCCAUCUAUCUUGAACCGGAUGCAACCACAACGGCUGAGUUUAUUACCGUGAUGCAGUCGCAAUUGGAUGAGAACUAUUGUCUACCCUGGCGCCUCUAUCCCAGCGCUCCUGAGCUCGUCUUUGGUCGGGUCGUCUGCCGCCUUGUGUGGCAAAUAGGUCGGAUCUUCGGAGCCUCACUCAUCCAAGGUCAUCUCUACGAGCCGUUCCAGGCUCUACUUAUGGAAAAGACUCUACAAGGCUAUUUCGAAUAUAGCCUCAAAGCUCUGCCGACGGGGCUCCUUGCUGGAUACUGUUGUUUCCUCGCGUCGGCUAACACGAAAUCGGAGAUCAAUAGGGUGAAAAUGCUGCUUACAAACGCAAUCUUCCUCCAUACUCAGGAUUCUUGCUCGCUACACGGCGUUCGGUUUGCAAUUAUGUGCCUGUGGUUAGUUCAUUUUACCCCCAUACUAGUUCGCUAUUGUCUAUUAGUCUCCCUCGUUGUCAGCCUCAUGUCUGAGCUCCUCCUUUAA